AUGGAAUCGCUGGUCGCGCAAUCCAGUCCGGCUUCCGAAGAAGCUUUCACCUACGCCUCUCUCCUGUCUCACCCUCUGCUCUCCAGCGCACCUAGCACCUCCUCCCUCUCAUCCGCGCUGCACUCCCUUCAGACGGACAUCCUUCCCCGCUGUGAAGCAUCGCUGCACUCCAGUCGAUCAGCCUUGGUCGAAGAGCUGCUCGAAGCGCAGCGUUGCGCCCUCGAAGAGAAGCAGGCGCUGAGCGAUCUGCCUCGUCAAAUCGAAGAGGUUGAGGAUGAGGUCAUGACACUCGCUUCGUCCAUGGGAUUGUUGGAUGAGUGGGGGCAACAACGAGUGCCUGAACUGCUGAGACGGUUGACUGAACAGAGAAGAGAUCUGAUGCGAGCGGACAAGGCUGUGCCCUUUGUGGCGCUAUUGGCGCGUGCAGAACAGCUCAAGCAGGACACUCUGAGAGGAGCAGAGGAUCAACACGGAAGCGCAAAAGCGGGGUUGCAAGCUCUCCAAAGCCUCUCCUCUCUAGUCGGGCAAGCCGGACAGGCGUAUGCGGGAGCAGAUGCGAUCGAUCAAGGAUCUGCGCUGAUGGCCUACUUGACGGCUACGAGGGACGCGGCACUGAGAGAACUCAACGAAAAGCUGGAAGCGAAGUUGAGAAGCGCACUGGAAGAAUCCGGCUGGCCGCCCGUCUCUGCAGAAAUCGCCGAAGCGCGAGGAGAAGCGAUUCGCAGCGCAUCUUCAACUUUGGAUAGCAAGCGGGUCAAGCAGGCUUGGCAACGGCUUUGCAGGUUGCAGAGGGUGGCCAUUCGUGCCAAAUUGAUCAGCAAAGCUUCUUAUGACGCUCAGAGCGAUGCAAAGGUUGGAUCGACGGAUUAUACGCCGCUUGCGCCCGUCAAGGUACUGAUGGAACCUCUGCUAGCCCGCUUUGCGUAUCACUUCGACGGAGACAAGAGCACCAAUCGACUGGACAAACCUCAGUGGUACGUCAAUCACAUGUCCAACCUAUUGCGAUCCUACAACUCCCUCUUUGAUGCGAGAAAUGGAAAGGUCACUUGGUUGUGUGAUCAGGGAGGCUUGCACAAAGUGGGGCCCAGAGAAUUGGUGCAUUUUGUGCUGGCUGCGCUGCGUCUCAAGGUACUGGCGUCCAAAGAGGAGCUGCAAAAGAAACCAGCAGUCUUAGCGCACACCGUCAGUAUCCUGCUCUCAUUCGACAGCGAGCUCCAACAGCUUUUUCAUCCAUCCUCGUUAGGCAAAGCGGAAAAGAUUUCGGAUUUAUUGCUGGGAGAUUCGACAACGUUUGAUGCUUGGUUGGAGGGCGAAAGGACGGAAGCUCAAGAACGACUGCAAGAGAUUUUGGAAGACAAGGAUGCGUGGUUGAUCAGCUCUGCGGAUAUGGAUACCGAGGCGGAGGAGGAUCUUUCCAAUCAGACCUGGUCUGCUAUUUCCAGUAGCAGCAGCAACAAUCGCAGCAAUCACACGUCAGACCGAAGAGGCGUGCAAAAGACGACUAGAUCCGCUCGAGGGCUGUGUCAAAUCCUCGAAGCCAUAUCGGAAAGGUCCAGACCUUUGACGCUGCUCGUGCAGCGACUCGGUUUCCUGGCUAUUCAAGAUGAUCUGUUGUCGACGUAUCAUCAACGCUUGACGCGUUCUCUAGAUGCAUUCGAGUCUUUAUCGGGCGCAUUUGCACGAGCCUUGCCCGGUGGGAUAGCGUCUCAGGAUUCUAGCAGCGAGAGCGACAUGGUUCGUGGACUUCGAGGAUCUUCUCGUUUGCUCAAAGCCUUCCUUUCCAGCUUGUACGUCGUGGAAACGUUGAGAAGAUUGUCGGAAGAAGGUCAUAAUAUGCAGCUGAACGUGGAUCUCAAUAUGGAUACGGCGGAGGCGAAAAUGGCACGAGAGACCAGAAGAAGCUGGACGGGCAAAAGGGAAGAGGUGGAAUUGGAUGGUGCGUCUUUGGGAGAAUUGGUCAGGAGAGGGAUGAGAGGCGGAUCGAGUUUGAGACCGCUUGCUUCGGGUGUGGGUGCGCGUGCUUCUAAGAACGCUUCGGACGAGCAAGUCACAAAUGCGGACGAAGAUGUCUGGCAAGAGGCCAGAGAGAGGUUUGAAAAGGUUGGCAACAGAGCUAGCAAAGGUCUUGUGCGCCUCGUCACGUCCGAAGUGACGGAAGCUAUGCGAGAGUACACGCUCCGGUGA